AUGAACAACAACUUGCGUAAAGCAUCGAAAGAGGUGAUGUUCCUUAUAGACUAUAGGGUUUAUUCGAUUAGCGUUAACAGAUUCCACAACAGCUUCCGUGACACAUGCAUUGAGUAUGCAUCCAUCGAGUUUACAGGUAAACUUACCCGUCUUGAAGAUUCAAAAGAGGUAAAGUUAUCUCGAAUCUUUCACUGCAACGGAUUGAUAUUAUGCUGCAUGGAGGAUUUCGAAAGUCUUGUCGUUUGGAACCCUUGUACUGGUGAAACCAUGAGUAUCAAACCCAAAAGUUUUUACCAGUGGAAUGAUAGUUAUGCUUUUGGAUGUGGAAACAGCGAAUCUUCUUGCCCCAACUACAAAAUUUUGAGGUGUAGCAGUUAUUAUUGCAAAAACAGUGAGCAACGUAUUUUUAACUGUGAGAUUUAUGACUUCAGCUCUGAUUCAUGGAGGGUUCUUGCUGGUGUGACCUGGAGGAUACAUUGUUCUGACAAUGUUGUGUCGUUGAAAGGAAAUGCUUACUGGAUUCAUUUUGAUAGAGAAGCUGGCCAUAAUGUCCUACUCAGUUUUAAUUUCACAACGGAGGUAUUUGUGUCUAUGACUCUUCCGGAUCAGAGUGAUUAUAGACAUUUGGGUAUAUCGGUUGUUAGAGAAGAACGCCUAGCAGUUUUACAUCACAAUAUUGGUACAUCCUUGACAGAGAUGAAUGUAUGGUUGAGCAAUAAGAUUGAUGAAGCCAAAGAGGUGUCAUGGAGCAAAUUCUUAGUAGUGAGCUUUGAUAACUUUAAGUAUCCAAGUUACGUGAAAGAGAUUACUUUUUGGGUGGACGAUGAGGAUAAAGUGGUAGUAACUUGUAUUAGAGACAGAGACAAUUAUGAUUACGUUUACAUUGUAGGAGAAAGUUUGCAUAAACAAGUUUUUGGUAAAUCUUGGAUUUGGCCAUGUCUCCUGAGUUAUGUUCCAAGUUUGAAUCACAUCCCCAAGGCGAAAAAAGAAGAAACAUUGUAA